AUGGAUAAGGUCCUGCGGCUGAGACUUCCGGUCGGGACUUUGAUCGUUGGCUUUGCCGAUGAUAUGGUCCUGACGGUCAGUGGCCAGAGCCUGAGCGAGGUGAAGGUUAACACGGAGUGCUCGAUCGAAGCGAUGCAAACGUGGAUGUUUGGGGUAGUGCAGCUGAACACUAACCACUGUGAAGCGGCUCAGGAACUGCUGCUGAGGACGAUGCAGAGGUACUCGCGCGAUAUUGCUCUGCUGUCCGAGCCAUAUAAGGUCCCCACCAAGGACGGCAGCUGGUGUGAGGACGCUUGUGGCCUAGCUGCAAUAGUAACAAGUGGAAGGUGCAUCAUCGAGGAGCGGCUUUCUUCACCAACGGACGAGGGAUUCGUCGCUGCAGUGAUUGGUGGAGUGACAUAUGCACGCAUGCUGGACAACAUAGUGGAGCUGCUGGACCGUCAUCGUCGCCCCAUCGUACUGGCUGGCGACUUUAACGCGUGGUCCACAUCCUGGGGCAGUAAGUCGAAUAACACGCGCGGAGAUCGACUCGAGGAGGCAAUUGGUCGUCUGAACCUGGUGCUGGUGAAUGACGGUGGAGCUAGCACGUUCAGAAAGAAUGGUCGAGAGUCGUGGAUCGACCUGACGUUUUGCAGCCCCGAACUGCUAAGUGGAAUGCAGUGGCAGGUGCGAGAAGACUUCACCUUCAGUGACCAUCUCGCACUAUGGUACACCGUGGAGAGAACGGUCCCAUCUUGUGAGGGAAGCAACCCUCCUGAAUGUCGAUCCAAGGCUGAGCCCACGCGACCGGCAAGCUGGAAGACCGGCAUGUUCCAGAAGGACCUCUUCACUGCUGCCCUCUGCAGGUACGACAGCGACAGCGCUGAACCCCUCAGCGUAGAGGCCUUGACGUCGGCAAUGGUCACUGCGUGUGAUGUGACGAUGGCCCGACGCAGUGGACAACCAAAGCGCAAGAACUCGUCUCCGUGGUGGACUCCGAAGCUACAGGAGCUGUGGGUAGCGUGCCGUAGGGCUCGGAGAAGAAAGCAGCGGUGCAAGACGGACAGCGAGCGAGAGUCCGCGCACUUGACAUUCAAGCGCGCAAAGAAAGCUCUCUCCGUGGAGAUCAAGCGGGCCAAGAAAGCGAGCUUCCACCGGCUCAUAAAAGAUGCAGAGUCGAACAUCUGGGGUGGGGCGUUCAGGAAUGCUUACGGGGGCCUCCGUGGCUCAAACGUGCCUCGGGAGACAUGCCCUGUCCGACUGCGGACCAUAGUGGCAGACCUGUUCCCGCUCCCCGAGCGGUCGGUGUGGCCGGACACACCCUACGGUGCAGUCGAGGGCGAGGUGAUGGCGCCUGUUACGGAUGAGGAGUUGCAACUAGCAGCUCAACGUCUGGUCCCGGGCAAAGCACCGGGUCCGGAUGGACUCCCAAACAUCGCCCUGAAGACCGCCCUGCUAUCCUGUCCCGCUAUGUUUCGGAAGGCGCUUCAAAAGUGCCUGGAGGAGUGCUCCAGGGAAAUUGAGAGUACGGACACGAUCUCCGGUGGUCCGAGCUUCUCACCUUCCUCAUCGGUGAACCUAUCGUCACUGAGAAUCACCGUUACCGACGUAGUGGCCUUCCGAGACAGCACAAUGUCCUCAUCCUUCGACGUCCGUGUUCGUCGUCCGCACAGCUUAUCGUCAUCCUAA